AUGUCCCAUCAUGCAUCCACCACAUCCACGUCUACUCAAGACGCGUUUGCCGACCCAAACGACCUUCGAACCGCCUUCACACUCGCCAUGUCGUCCAUGUACAAGUCUGAGGUCCCUCUUUACGGAGAUCUCGUACGCAUAGUCUCAGAUGUAAACCAAAAGACACUCACGUCCAGCUUAGAACCAAAUGUCUUAUCAAUGCGUUACGGCGACGCACUAGGUCCGUCGUCAAGAGUCGAUAUCGAGCGCCACGGUGCUAUUCGCCUCGGCACCGCCCAGGAACUACACACCAUCAGACGCAUCUUUGCUGUAAUCGGCUUAUAUCCAGUAGGAUACUACGACCUCACACCAGCUGGACUGCCCAUGCAUGCCACUUGCUUCAGACCCAAGACAAGAGAGUCCCUUCGCAAGAACCCCUUUCGAGUAUUCACCUCGGUUCUCAGACCGGAACUUAUAAAAGACGCUGCUGCCAAAACUCUUGCGCUGGAGUUACUCUCAAAACGCAACAUAUUCACACCAGAAGUCAUGUCCCUUCUUGAGAAAGCCGAUUCUCAAGGUGGUCGACUCACAGUCCCCCAAGGCGAACGCUUCAUCGCCGCAGCAAUGAACACGUUUAAAUGGCACGGCACAGCAGCGUCCUCCUACCAAGACUACAUGACCCUCAAGGCGGAGCAUCCUAUCCUGGCGGAUAUUGCGUGUUUUCGCUCCGCACACAUAAACCACCUUACACCACGCACAUUAGACAUCAUAUCUGCACAGGACACCAUGAAACUGGAAGGACUGAAAGUGAAGGAGAGAAUUGAAGGACCUCCAGCAAGGAAAUGCCCCAUCUUAUUACGCCAAACGAGCUUUUUGGCUAUCGAAGAAUCGAUAAAGUUCGUUACAACAGAGACGGCGUCUAGGAUGGUACAUGGUUCCCAUAGAGCUCGCUUUGGAGAGAUUGAAGAACGAGGUGCGGCAGUUACACCCAAAGGAAGAAAACUGUACGAUGCGUUGCUCAAAGAAGCAAUGGCUGCUGCGAGAAUGUCACCACAGGUUUCGGCAGAAGUGCUAGAUGACUCUGUGGCGAGAGCAUUUGAGAAAUACCCCGAUACGUGGGAUGAGAUGCGGAGACAAGGCUUGGUGUAUUUCUCGUAUCGCGGUUUAAAGACGUCAAAAAUGGCAAAGACGACGUACACCAUGGAGGAACUGGUGGAAGAAGGAGUCGUUGAAGCCAUACCCCUUACGUAUGAGGAUUUCUUGCCGCUAUCUGCCGCGGGAAUCUUCCAGUCUAAUCUUGGGAACAAGGCGGCGCAGGCGCUGGAUGCUGAGGGAGACGUGGAUGGGAUGCAGGCCGCGCUGGGUGUUGAGCUGAGUGAUUCGGAUGAUUUGUAUCGGUGUAUACGGGAUACUAGUAUUGAAGAGUGUGCGGCGCAGCUUGGUAUCACGAUUUCGGGGUGA